GAGUUUUGUCUGGGAUGUGUGCAUAACGUUCGAAAGGGGACUUGUGUGGUGUGUCGGUGCACUUCGAUGGCAGGGGGCGAGGAAUCGUCGCUCCCCGUUGGCCUCGCUGGGAGCCGUAGUCUGGAGAAAGCCUUUGAAGAUGCCAUUGCCGGAGGAGUUUUGAACCUAGUUAACAGGAAGCUGAAGGAGUUCCCCCGAUGCUCUAGGAACUACGACUUAUCGGACAUCACCCAGGCCGAUCUGUCCAGGAAUAGACUUGCUGAAGUUCCAGAAGACAUUUGCCAGUUUAUUUCCCUUGAAUCUUUGAGUCUCUAUCAUAACUGUGUGCGGAAUAUCCCACAAUCCGUUGUAAAUUUGCAAGCACUUACAUACUUGAAUAUAAGUCGAAACCAGCUGACCCUGCUGCCUCCUUGCUUGUGUUUGCUGCCUUUGAAGGUGCUCAUUGCCAGUAAUAAUAAACUAAUCACAUUGCCAGAGAGCAUCGGCUCCCUCAGUAACCUGCGGCAGUUGGAUGUCAGCUGUAAUGAACUGCAAAGUUUACCGACACAGAUUGGAAGUCUAGAAUCUCUAAGGGAUCUGAACAUCCGAAGAAAUCAGAUUACAGCCCUGCCAGAAGAACUUUCAGAGCUGCCACUAGUUCGAUUGGACUUUUCUUGUAAUCGAGUGUCACGGAUUCCUGUGUGCUACAGACAUCUCAGACAUCUACAGUGUAUCAUCCUAGAUAAUAACCCACUACAGUCCCCCCCAGCACAGAUUUGCACAAGAGGAAAAUUCCACAUUUUCAAGUACCUGAUGCUAGAAGCAUGUAAUAAAACGGUUCAAGGUCUGGUAGAACUGGAAAGGGUGAAUCGUCCAACCUGUCUACCAGAUGAAAUCUUUCCUGGUCAUCAUUAUGGGGGACUGGAUUCUGGAUUUAAUAGUGUGGACAGUGGGAGCAAGAGGUGGUCUGGAAAUGAGUCCGCAGAUGAGUUCUCAGACCUGUCCCUCCGGAUAGCUGAGUUGUCCAAGGAACAGAAGCAGCUAAAAGAGAGCCACAGUGGGAAUGCAAUUGAUGAUGUGGGGCAGAUUGAUUUUAUUGACAGCAGUGUCAACGGCGAUGAGGAAGAUGACAUUAAAUCUGAUGCCAGCUCUCAAACAGUAAUAAUGGAGAAUAGUGUAAAGCAUGAAAGAACAUCUUCACAAACACUGGAAACAGAAAGCCAUCAAAAAUUCAGGACGUUAUCAGAUCCGUGCCCAGCCAAGGAAGACGUACCAGUAGUAAUUGAGGAGAGACGGCGGCCUGAGACGCUUCAAAUCUGGCAGGAAAGAGAACGUCAGCAGGCGUUACUAAAUCAAACACAAGAGAAGAGAGAAUGUGUUCUGAAGCCAUUUAACAGAAAUAGCUCAGGCGCUUUCCAGAUGCAGAGUUCAAGUGGCAUUAGUGGUGCUUCUGAAAGCAGCUUUGUUUCACAUCUUCGGCACAGAGGACAGAUUACGGAACCAGUCAGUAUUCCAGCAAGUAGCAUUCCAUCUACACAAACCAUGCCUCGAAUUGACCCAGCGCCAUCCUGUAGUUCCACUGUGUUCAUACCAUCGGCCAAAGAUUUAGCAUCUGUUCCAAAGCCUAACAGUUUUCUCUUCAGGUCUACAUCCAAAAAUAAUGUGAAACGUGCAUCAGUUUCCAGCCCUGUACAUGACCUUUUGGAAGCUAUUCCUUAUGAGUACAGGAGCUCACCAAGGAUACAGAACAGGGAUCAGCAGGAAUCCAAGGAAGCAAUAGCACAGCUGCGCAAGACUGUUGAGUCUCGGUUAAAUAUCACAUUAGCAGAAGACCUUGGAGAAGCUCUUUCAAAUGGCACAGUCCUUUGUCAGUUGGUGAACCAUAUGCGACCGCGAUCUAUUGCAUUUAUUCAUGUUCCCUCCCCAGCAGUGCCAAAACUGAGCUUACCGAAAUGCCGAAGGAAUGUAGAAAACUUCAUUGAAGCAUGUAGGAAAAUUGGAGUACCAGAGAUGCACCUUUGCUUGCCUGCUGACAUCCUUCAAGCAUCCAACAUUUGCAGCAUUCAAAGAACUGUUGAUGCCUUACUGCAGGGUGGCGAGAGUACAGCUCAGCCGUUCACGGCUUCCUUCCUCAGUCACCUGACUGGCUUUUCUGUGUUUUAUGUCACCCUUAUGCUGCUUCUGUAUGUUGCCUACUGUAAGCUGUCUGUGUUCUAGCAAACCAAGAAACAUUGUCACAGUGUGUAAUACAGCUUAGUGUCAUCGCAAUCUCUCUUCCAAAGCACAGCAAUAAGUCAGCACAAGUAAGACUGGAAGGCUGCUCUGAACUCUACAUUGAACUGUUUACUUUGCAGAAAAGCUGAGUGCCUGUUUGCAGUAUGGAGUACAGUGUAAAGCAAAUCGGGACCAAAAUUAAAAUUCUGAAACAUAGUAGCACAGAACUAGUGUACUGUAGUACAGAACUAGUUUUCCAUCUUGCAGGCCGUAUGGCCAAGUAAGAGGGACUUGUGCAGUAGUCAGGAUUAAUUCAAGGUACUCAGGAAAAGCAUAUGAUAUGUUCAUCUGUUCUUUUUAUUUUUUUAUGUGGUUCUUGGAAAUGUAACUUAAUGAGAUAGUCAUCCACAGUCUGAAGACACAGCCGGACUUGCUUAAGCACAGUAGGCAUCUUUAGUACUAGAAGUUAAACUGAAGACAUUUACUUGGUCCUUUGCGGUGCUGAUACUUUAGAUCUGUUACCAUUGCUUUCAGAAGUCACGGAAGACUCUCUGAUUUUUGUGUGUGUGUGGUAGUGCUUCCUUGAAUCACAGGGUGGCACUGUUGUACCAUCUCAGUAGUCAAGUUAAUAUGUUUUUUUUUUUUCUCUCGUAGUCUUCACAUCACUUAAAAAUCUGAUCUGAACAUUCUCUGAUACAUAAAAGCAGUGAGACGUGCAGUGAUCUUGAACUGAAUUGUGGUCACUGAUUAGUUCAUAUCAUAGGUUAUACUUUGCAGCCCGAGGUACAUUGUUUACAUUUACAUAUUCAUAAUUUAUAUAUUCUAAAGUUUAUUUGUAAUCGGCAACCUGAAGCAUAGAGAUCAGAAGAGCUUUCGGGCCAGUAUGGGGUCUCAGAUUGUGGGAUGAUUCUAGUAUUGCCCUUGUACUGUAGUACAGCUGGAAGGUGUGAACCAUGCUAAUGCUAAAGCUAAAAAGGAAAACAGUGUCACUUCAUUUAUAAAGUGUGAUGUGACUGUAUUUAAUGCUCUCUUGCAAGAAAGUACUACUAGAUGAAGAGAUUUUUAUAGUUGUCCUGGGAGGCAAAUGACCCGGAAGAAGGCAGCACAGAUUUUAUAAAGAAAAUACAGAACAGAUUAUUACUCAUCGACCACACAGUCUGCAGUUGUGGUG